AUGGGCAAAAGCAGUGCGAUUAGUUUCGCAGUAAGGGAGAUUCCCCACAUUAUACCGAUAGAUGAAGAAAGCGCGCGUCAACUAUGCGAGCAGAUCCUAUCAGAGUAUGGAGAAGACCCGCAAGCUAUCGCUGAGAAGUUUAUGGACAUCUUGGGUCCAGAGGAUGCUUCAUUGAACUUUGUACUACAGUUUACCGAAAAGCUCAGCCAUGAAGAGAGUGAAAAGGCUUCGAAAAGCGCCUUGUCUCCCAAACCCAGCACAAAGAAUGAUACUUUCGCCUCCAGGUCUGGCCGCCAGGGCGUGAAUAAACCCGAGUCCGCGGAACUGCGAAAAAGCGAAGAACCAAGUGGCGUCCCCGCGGCACCCAAAGCCAAUGCACCAAGAAAAGCAGUUGUUCGUCCAAGCACGAGACCCAACCCCAAAGAAAGCUCCAAAAAGGCCUCCAAAACGAGGAAAGUGCAAAGUUUAACGGAAAUUGAUGAUAUUCUUAAAGCGCUAGAGCUUGAACAGACUGAAUCAGAUCCAACUAAAUAUGCCUGCAACUGCCAAGGCACUAGACACCCACUUUUCGAAGUCGCACCAAACUGCUUAUCAUGCGGCAAAAUCAUCUGUUUAAGAGAAGGCCUCAACCUGAACCAUUGCACUUUCUGUCACACUGAAUUUUUGUCAGCGGAAGAAAGGGCACAGAUUAUCGAGGUUUUGAACCAAGAAAAACAAGACCUGGAGUCAUCAAAACCUGUAGCCGCUCUCGAGAAACCCAAAAAACCAAAAGGUUAUAAAAUUACUUCCGGCGCGGGAACAAACCUCUUCUCAGAGCAGGACAAACUUUUUGAUAGGGUCGAAAAGGAGAGGCAGCGGGAACUAAAGAGAGCUGAAGUACUUGAAGGUAUUGAUAAAGAACAAAGCAAGGCUAUGCAUUCUCAAAACGGUGAAGACAACGCGGAUCCAGAGCUAAAAGUUGCUCAAGAAAGACUCGAGAAGCUGUUACAUUUCCAAGAUACUUCUGCUCAGCGUACCAAAAUCAUUGAUAACGCCAGUGACUUUAGUAUGAGCAAUGAUGGGAGCGUAUGGGGUAGUGCUCAAGAUCGUGCUUUGUUGCUCAAAAAGCAGCAGAGGAAUAUGAGGAGGUGGGAAAAACUUGAGCGCGAGCGUCACGGCGGUCGGGACAAAGUCGUAAUGGACUUGAGUAUAGGGAAGGAUGGUAAAGUUACAAUGACGGAAGCUAGACGUGCCCCCAAAACAGCUCACGCUUUUGAUGAAGAAAACGUUGAGGACAUAAGUGACGAAGAAGACCUGCAAGAUCUGCAGGAGAUUACCGAGCUUAAAAGCACUCUUAUGGAUGAGAAAAAAAGGAUAGACAAGGACUUAGAAUCGAAUGUUUGGGACCCUGAAAAAGACAAGAAGCAAUUUCAAAAACCUGUAUACGUGAACAACGAAAGCGAAAUCAGCCCUGAGAAAGGCAAGCCGGAAAAAGACGGUACUAGAGAUCGUGGGUGGAAGAAUAGGGUUCAGAUUAGUCAAGGUGACGAGAACUCUUUGGAACAGAACAUCCUCGCUGUUCUUUAA